AUGCUCGCAAAGUUCGGCCUGUGCGCGGUCUUCCUCGUCCUGGGGACUGCCGCCGCCUUCGACACCGACCUGGAGGAAGCCUCUCCUCGCCGUGCACGCUUCUCCUCCAACAGCCCCUGUGAGUAGCCUACAUCUGGUUAGCCUACUGUGAAAAAAAUAUGCAAACUGCAGUUCUUAUCCCAAAAAGUCUGCAGGAUGUAUUAGGUCCAUGCACAGGAGUUAGUUAUGAAAGUUUCCUUUCUUCUAAAAUAGUUGCAUUACCAUGGCUAGAGAAAUAGGCAAAUUCCUUAAUGUAUGUUAAGUCUAUCCCAUUACAGCCUCUGUCAAGAGGACUGGACCAUUGCUAAAGUUUGACCUCUCUCUCUCUCUCUCUCUCUCUCUCUCUCUCUCUCUCUCUCUCUCUCUCUCUCUCUCUCUCUCUCUCUCUCUCUCUCUCUCUCUCUCUCUCUCCCUCUCUCUCUCCCUCUCCCUCUCCCUCUCCCUCUAGCGGAUGUGGCUAGGUGUUUGAACGGUGCUCUAGCAGUGGGAUGUGGUACGUUUGCUUGCCUGGAGAAUUCUACCUGUGACACGGAUGGCAUGCACGAUAUCUGUCAACUGUUCCUUCACACCGCAGCUACCUUUAACACACAGGUAAGCCUACACACACACAAACACACACUUUUUUGACGACCCACUGAAAUCUCUAACCCAGUGUUUGUGUGUGUGUGUGCAGGGUAAGACGUUUGUAAAGGAGAGUCUGAGGUGUAUUGCCAACGGCGUCACGUCUAAAGUCUUCCAGACCAUCAGGCGCUGUGGAGUCUUCCAGAGGAUGAUCUCUGAGGUCAGUCACUCUAGCUUUAUUAGAGAUGCACAACAUGUCAGCCUUCAUAUCGGUGCCAAAAUAACCUCUACAUUUUUGUAAUUUAGCAGAUGCUCUUAUCCAGAGCAACUUACAAGAGCAAUUAGGGUUAAGUGCCUUGCUCAAGUGCGCAUUGACAGAUUUUUCACCUAGUCUGCUCUGGGAUUCAAACCAGCAACCUUUCAGUUAUUGGCCCAACACGCUUAACCACUUGGACACUUGCUGUCCUCUACUGUGUGGCAACAUGAAGUGCUAGUUUCUGAGGGUUAAAAAGAUUGUGUGUGUGUUUAGGUCCAGGAGGACUGUUACAGUAGACUGGAUAUCUGUGGUGUGGCUCGCUCCAACCCUGAGGCCAUCGGAGAGGUGGUGCAGGUACCUGCACACUUCCCCAACAGGUGAGCCAGUCAGUGUGUGUGUGUGUGCGGGUGCGUGGAUGUACAUGUGUGUGUUUGUGUGUGGGUCUAAAGUUUAAAAAAAUGUUUUAGUCAUUUAGCAGAUGCUCUUAUCCAGAGCGACUUACAGUAGUGAGUGCAUACAUUUUUAUAUUUGUUCGUACUGUGUGUGUCUAUGUCAUAACACAGUGUGUGUGUGUGUUCCAGGUACUACAGCACUCUGCUCCAGUCCCUGCUAGCCUGUGAUGAGGAUACAGUGGCUGUGGUCAGGGCAGGGCUUGUUGCUAGGCUGGGGCCGGACAUGGAAACUCUCUUCCAGCUGCUGCAGAACAAACACUGCCCCCAGGGUUCUAACCAGGGUUCUAACUCUGCCCCCGCCGGCUGGCGCUGGCCAAUGGGGUCGCCUCCUUCCUUCAAGAUCCAGCCCAGCAUGAGAGGAAGAGACCCCACCCACCUGUUCGCUAGGAAACGCUCUGUGGAGGCUUUGGAGAGAGAGAUGGAGUAGAGGAGGCACACACAUACACACCACUUAUACCUUAAGCACACAUUCACGUAUACACACACACAUACACACACACACCACAGCUACCUUAAACACAAAACACACACACUCAUGAUAGCUUUGCUCACACACACAUAAAUGUGUAUGCACAGACACACACACAUUUUCACACGCAUGCACACACACACAGCUUUACCCUCAAAUGAUUAAGGCUAAAUUAUUCAUGGUUGUUUGGGGCUGUUGUAAUGUAGUAUUUGAUUUUGGGAAGCGUUUAUCUGUGAAUGUUGUUGAAAGUAUUUCUAUGUGGGUUGAUACUUGAUGAGGGGGAGAUGAAACCUGUUACCUAGAGCAUGAAUGUGGAGGAUUAUAUCUGCUCAGAAUAGACUCAACUAAACAUGAGAGCUGUUGAAAAGUCUGAACAUUUGUUAACAAUUUAAACAUUUCAAAUGCCAUCUAAGAAAACGAACUAUCACUGUAGUUCCAUCUGGUUUCAACGUGGCACUACAGCCAUAACAUCCCCGUUUUGACAAGUGAUUAACAAGACAAGCCUAUUUAAAAAGACCUAUGAGUAUAUUAUUAUAAUAAUAUUAUUGAUAUUUAUUUUCUUACAGAAUGUUUAUUAUGGUGUUGUAUCUAGUUGUAACUUGGUUUGAGUUGUCGGCAGUGGGUGGGGUUUGACAUCCUGAUGUGACGUCACUGGCUGAUGUGUUGCUCUACGAGGAUGUCACCACCUCCUCAGAGGGACAGUGUGACGUCACCAUGCUGGUCGUGGGGCUCACCGCGUCCCCCUCUGUCUUCAGCUGUGUAAAGUGUGUAAAGACAUUAUAGAGUGAUCCUAUGCUGUGGUCCUCAGAUUUGGUUAUAUCAUGUAUGUUUUGAGAUUCUGUGUGAGAAUGUGUGUGCUAGUCCGGUACUCUACACCGUGGGGCUUGGUGUCAUUCUCUGCUAUGAAUAAAUGUUGUGAUCUUCAUCAUUUUGUCUGAGGUGAUUUGUGUCGAGACUCACUAGUGAUUAAACGAUCACAGUUCGAAACAUUGGCGAUCUUUAAUAAUUUGCUUUGGUGUAGUGUGAGGUUAAAGUAUUUUCUAAGUUUGCUCUGUCGUUCCCAUUUAAAUCCAAUGGGUGGCAGUAUAGUCCUGUGGUUGAUCCCUGGUCAGGGGCGGUGCUACCUUGGUACAGCCCAGUCAUUGGUACAGCCAGACUAGUUCUGGUAUGUCUCUCCAGUCCCAGCCAAACUCCCCAGGCCUAUGACUUUACCAGACUUCUGUACAUACAGCCAGCAGUCUAAAUCACAGGCCUGUAAAACCUCCUGUCUUCUCAACACUUUCUCACAGUCAGUUUCUAUGCUUUAAAAUACUCACAGGCCUCCUGUAGCUCAGUUGGUAGAGCAUGGUGCUUGCAACGCCAGGGUUGUGGGUUUGAUUCCCACGGGAGGCCAGUAUGGAAAAGAAAAAUGUAUGCACUAACUGUAAGUUUCUCUGGAUAAGACCGUCUGCUAAAUGACUAAAAUCUAAAUAAUCUGUUCAAGGAUUUAGGGCCGGUUUCCCAAGCAAGUCUGUGUCCAGGAAACCAUUAUACAGCAGUGGUUCAAAACUUCCAGUUUUUGUUGAGAUAAUACUACUGAAAAACGGCAGGGAUGUAGCUCAGUUGGUAGAGCAUAGCAUUUGCAACUAAAGGGUUGUGGGUUUGAUUCCCACGGGGGGCCAGUAUGAAAAAUAAAACAAAUAAUGUAUGCACUCACUAACUGUAAGUCAUUCUGUAUAAGAGCGUCUGCUAAAUGACUUAAAUGUAAAAUGUAAAUAUCACUAAUGAUAAUGGAUCCUUUAUCAGUCAGUCUGAUCAGUUAUGAUGACAUUAUAAUAAUAUGGCUAAUGAGUGUGUGUGAUCAGGUUGUUGGCCCAAACAGUGUGAAAGGGAAGGGGGGAGGUGUACCAGAGGGAAUAAUCUAUACUGCUAAUGGCUCCCCAAGGGUUCAGUAAUGACAUAGAAAACAUGAUUUUUCUCUCUCUUCUUUCUCUCUUGCUCUCUUUCCUCCCUCUCUCUCUUCUUUCCUCCCUCUCUCUCUUCUUUGCUCCCUCUCUCUCUUCUUUCCUCCCUCUCUCUCUUCUUUCUCUCCCUCUCUUCUUUCUCUCUCGCUCUCUUUUCUCUCUUACUAUUCUCUCCUCUCAACAUGUCAGGAAUACAUGUGGUAAUACUUACCUGUCUCAACUGCCUCAGAAAAAAACGGCUAUAGUAAAAAGUUAUGUUUCUAAAAUGGUGCUUCGGAUCACAGCAGAUCCAUUCCUUUUGGAUCGUUAUUGUGGCGGUUGUAGCUAUUGGGUGGGUCACAGCAGGGAAUUCUGGAAGGCUUUAGAUGGGUCACAGUGUAAAAUGGUCUGGUAACCAGUGGUAUGAGGUAGGAUACAUGCCGCUGACUUGAGUACAACUGUAACUCUCUUUUUCUGUGUCUGUCUGUCUCUCUCACACAUGCACGAUACACACACACAAAUACAAACAGGCCCCUAACACUAAUAGAUGUUGAUACAGUUGAUAGCCACACUUUUAAUAGAUAUUCAGCAGUUUUACAAGUGGCUGAUGUCCCUGUGCUUGUCCAGACUAAUCCCCUGCUAGCUCCUACAGGUGUUGAUAACAGCAUCACACUGGACGCCAGUGACUCUGAUGCCCCUCUGAACCAUCUGUCCCUGGUGGAAACUGCAGCCCCAUUAUGUCUCCUCACACCCAGUAAUGGCCUCGCACGCCCCGUUAACCCCAAUAGAGCCCAAAUACAGCCAGGAUAGCGGUCAAUGGAGAGGGGUGUUUGCUAUGGAGAGGGGGGGGGGGGGGGGGGGGGGGGGGGGGGGGGGGGGAUCAUUUACUGCCCUCUCAGUGUGUGCGUGUUAUGGUGGUCAUCAGCAGGGCAAUAGGGCAGAUGGCUGUGCUAACAGCCCUCAUUUCCAGGAAUACAAGACGCCUUGAGAAAACACACCAUUCAACACGUUUAGACAAGCCUAGAUUUACACAGUCACUCAGGGAGAGUUCAGGGAAGCUCAACCCAUUCAGGGAAAGUGUGUAUAUAAAAAUAGAGACAGAGAAUGGGAGGGAGUUGAGAAGUUCUAUGAUCUGAAACGGUAAUAAUAAUGAGAAGAUCUGUAUGAAGUGGUUUUGUUAGAACACAGAGUUAUGAGCUGUGGAUUAGAAUACAGGACACAUAACCAUCUAAAAUCUCACUAGAGAGAGAGAAUGCAGCCAGAAGUUUAACAAGUUUCCUCUCCAAGGGACAGACAUGCUCUCCAGACUCUGGACCUAAGCCAUGUGUGUGUGUCUGUGUGCCUGGCAGGAAGCUGCUCUCUGCUGCUGUGAUUGAUAGAGCAACCGUACUGGCCAAUCCUCUCUUCCCACCAUUAAUCAUACAGACACACAGACACAUCUGGUGGAGUGAAUGCUUCCUCUGCAGUCAGCAGCUGAACCUAUCCUCCCUCUCUCCCUCGCUUUGUUUCUCUCUCCCAUCACACAGUCUUUCACCUGUCCUUCAUUCAGCCCCUGAAGUCCUGGUGGGCUGGCUGGCUGAUCAUUUCAGCAUGUGCUCUCUUCUCUCUCCUUCUCUUCUUUCUCAUUUAAAAACACUCCAUUGAAGUUUUGUAAUGUCGUUUUCUUUAUUAGAAUACCUUUAAUAAAGGCAUUCUAUGUAAAGGCAGGUAGACUUCCAUUGGAGAUAAGUGCAUUUGCCACUGUUUUAAAACCAUGGCAUUUUCAUUUACAUUAUCAUUAUCCUCAACAUAACACUGUAGUGUCCAUAGAGUCCAGACAAGAGUCAUACUGAAGGCAAGCCCUGACUGACUAACACUGCUGGUAGGAUGUUAGCUUAUUAAAACACAUAGCAUUAUAUCCACUUCUUUCCUCCGAUUCUAACACAAAGUAUCAUUUCCACACCUCUCUUAGAUGUCAUUUCAAUGACAUGGAUAAAAACAAUCUACCAUGUAUAAAAUUAAAAUACUUGAAAUAUGUAUUCAUAUUACACAAUUCAUAAUAUACUGUAUUUACAAAUUACUACAUUAUCUUUCCUUGGUAUCAAUUUCCUUUUUAUAUAUCCUGUAUGGUUUGAUCAGCGAAGCAGCAGCUUGUUUCAUAAUAUGGCGAUGAAGAUUAAUAAUGUGUAGCAGCUUUCUCUUCUUCCUCCUCUUGCUCCUGGUUGAGUCUCCCUACAUUAAAGGGAUAGUUCACCCAAAUAAAAAAAUGACACAUUGGUUUCCUUACCCUGUCUAUGGACAAGGUAUGACAGCAAUCCAUGCUUUGGUUUAGUUUCCCUGGCACUAUUUUAGCAUUUGUGGCACAAAUCCCAUUCAAGUCAUUGGACCGAUAUUUUCAUUUUUCGCGCAUCAUGUCCAAAUUAUCCUAAAGUAACUCAAAUUGCUUGUGAAGCUCAACAAUGUCACUUAGAUGUUUUGUACAUGAUGGGCGACAAAUGCUAAUAUCGGUCCCAUGACUUUAAAGCGAUCUCUGCCACCAAUACAAAAAUGUUAGCAUGUGGAAACAGUGCCAGCGAAAAUAAACCAAAGCAUGGAUUGCUGUCAUACCUUGUCCAUAGACUGCUUACAGUGUAAGAAAACAAAUGUCAUUUUGUAAUUUGGGGGACCUAUCCCUUUAAUAGUUCAGUAUAGUCCUGGGGAGGAGGAGAGAAGAGUCCAUCUUUGUGCAAACUCUAUUUCAUGUCUUAUGACUCUGUUAUAACCCUAUGUGUGUCUGUCUUUUCCAUUGGCUUUAUCUGUGUGAAUGAGCAUCUCUCCAGAAAUGAAAAGCAGGUCAAAUGAAACCACUAGGCUCUGGGGCAGACUGGAGAAUGAGGGGUUAAAGCACUCAGGUAGUGUCCUUCCCUCUGGUAGGUCUCCCAGUCACCAAGGAGGGGCUGGAGGUAGGAGCCAGGGGAUGGGGGGUAGGAGGGGCUGGUGGUAGGAAGGGCUGAGGGUAGGGGCAGUGGUAGCUGAGAUGACAGCAGAGAUCAUGGUAGGGACAUUAAAAGGGAGGUGGAUAGGUUAAGGUGUAUGGGGCGGGGCAAUGUUUUUAGAUCAGCGUUGGCUGUGACCGCGGGUGGUGCUGUGCUGGGUGGGGAUGGUGUACGUCAGGGUAGAUGUUCUGGAGGGGGUUCGGGAGGGGCUGUGGUGAUCAUAGGCUAGGGUGGAGGUCCGAGACGGGGUUCGGGAAGGUGUGUGGUGUGCGUAGGCCAGGGUGGAGGUCCAGGACGGGCUCAGGGGAGAGUACUCUGCUCCGUGAGUCGUCUCCCUGGAGAAGACAGAGUCAGAGGAGCUGCUGGUGUCUGGACCCAAUGGAGAAUACUGGACCUCAGGGAUGGACAGAUUCAAAUACUCCUAGAGAGAGUUGAGAGAGAUGGAGGGAGGACACGUUUAGGGGAACAAUUCAAAUGAUACGAAAAUGACACUGUGUGUGUGUGUGCGCGCGCGUGUGUGUGUGUGUGUUUGUUUACCUGGUUGGUCAUGAGUGAUAGUGUGCGGUCCAGAUCCUCUACCAGCUGUUGGAAGGUUGGUCUGCGAGAUGGAACAGCGUGCCAGCAGUCUCUCAUCAUGAUAUACCUGAGAACACACACCACAGUGUUAGAACAGAGCGUGUGUUUGUUACUAUCCUUGCCAGGACAUUCUUACAGUAUACUUGUGUGUGUGUGUGUGUGUGUGUACUCACAGCUCCUCUGUGCAGGCAGCUGGUCUGUCCAUCCGAUGUCCCUCCUUCAGCAGUUUGAACAGCUCCUCUACAGGAACCCCUGGGUAGGGAGACCCUCCUAGAGUAAAGAUCUCCCACAGCAACACCCCAAACGACCACCUACAACAGAAUUCAAUACAAUGAACUUCAUCACUUUCUCAGGGACAGUUAUUGCUGGGCUUGAAAGUAAACCUACAGACACAUAACAACAGGAUGGAUAGCACAACACCAUGGCACAACACCACAUAAUGUAUAUUAGGAGUUAGGAGUGUGACUUACACGUCACUCUGGUGUGUGUAGAUGCGGUCGAACAGAGCCUCUGGAGCCAUCCACUUCACUGGUAGACGACCCUGAGAGGAAAACAAGGGGUUAAAUCAUGUGUCAAACUCAUUCCACGGAGGGCUGAGUGUCUGGGUUAAACCAUCUAUAUAUCUGUCUUUCUGUCUGAAUUUCAGUCGUCUACUCGCUCCACUGUGAUCAUGUUACUCACAUUGGUGGUCUUCUUGUAGUAGUCUAUGUGGUGGAUGUCUCUGGCCAAACCAAAGUCUGCUAUCUUCAUCACAUUGUCCUCUGUCACCAACACGUUCCUGGCUGCUAGGUCUCUGUGGAUACACUACAAAAAAAAACAUGAUUGAUUCAUUUAUUGGUUGACUGAUUUCCACUAAUGUCCACUAAAGGGAGAGGUAGAGUAAGAGAAAAUAAUAGAUGCAGAUGAAGAGAAUGAAACAGAGAAGAGAAGAGAGAGACAGACAGAAAGACAGACACUGGUCUCUUCUCUGACCUUCUGUGAGGCGAGAUAGGCCAUGCCCCUGGCCACUUGGUAGGCAGCAGACACCAGCUCCCUGACCUCCAGGCUGUCCAGGGGGGCCUGGGUUGGCCCAGACCAGUACUCCAGAUCCACAGGCCUCCGACAACGCAGGUACUCCCUCAGGUUGCCCUGAGACGCAUACUCUACCACCACGUAGAGAGGGCCUAGAGAGAGAGAGAAGGGUUAUAAUAAAAAAUGUGGUGUUCCCCAAGGUUCAGCACUUGGACCCCUGCUGUUAUCUUUACCCCUUGGUUCUGUGGCCAUUGUACUCCUUUGUGCUAAUAAAAUGCUAUUUCACUCACACGCACACACGGACACAUGCAUGCGCACACACACACUCACACACACACACACACACACACACACACACACACACACACACACACACACACACAUAUACACACAGCACCAGUAUUACCAUCCUGUGUGCAGGCUCCCAGCAGGUUGAUGAUGUUCUUGUGUUUCCCGAUCAUCUUCAUCAUCUCCAUCUCAGAGAUCAGAUCACUCAGGUCCUUCUCUGUGGCGUCCGCUACACAGGAAACAGGAUGUGACAUCAAAUCAAUAUCAACCAAUACAAACACUGUUUUUCAGUUUAUUUCAAUUUUCUCCUUAAAUGUGAGUAAUAUAUUUCAGGAAGUAGUUUCAUGUACCUUUGAGCAUCUUGACGGCAACCUUGGUGAGACGAGAGGGUUUUUCUCUGUCCAGACCUGCAGCCUCUGCUUGCACAACCUGACCAAAACAACCUUCACCCAGCGGCUUCCCCAGAGACAGCCUAGAACACAGACACGCAAGGCUAUGAAUGUCCUGUGCAUGGAGGUUAUGAAUCUCCUUGGUUAAGUUAUGAGCACCUUAUGCAGAUUAUGUAUGCCAUAUGUAGGGUUAUGCAUGCCUUAUGUUAUGUAUGCCGAUAUUAUCGGUUGUGUAUUCUCUAUGCAGGGAUAUAAGCCCUCUAGUACCUGUCUCGUGACAGCUCCCAGAGCGGGUCUGCGGGCAGCUCAUACACUGACACGCCGGUCAGGAUGGGUGUGGCUCCACUGGAGAGGCGGUACGGCCUAACCAGACACACCCCCGACUGCAGAGAGGAGGAGGAGUCUACUGACACCUUGAGAAAGAGAGGGGGAGGCAGUGACAGAGGAUAUACUGUAAUAAGAGUUAGCCCACUGAACUAAAGCCUAGGGAUUUGCUCAGGAAAAAAAGUAUUCAUGUCUCAGGCAAAGGUUACGCAUCACACGAUCAUGGUUCACUAGUAUGUGUGUGUUACCUGUCUGUGUAGGGGAAUGCUCUUGGCCAGUUUGUGAACGGCCAGCUGGCUGCUGAAGUCGCUCUUCUUCGGGGAGCAGCGUAGUCGGCAGGCGGUCGCUAUGGCGACCAUGAGCAUAAUGAUGAAGAAACCGACGCAGUAGAUUAAGAUCUCCAGGUAGGCCUGAGAUGGGACGGGGGAGGGGGGCAGGUCUGGAGGAGAGGGAACUUUUAUUGUAUUUACUUUUUAAACAUUUGAUCCGUUUUCUUCUUCCAUUUUAAGUGCAAAUGUAUAAAGCACAUUGGGCUGCAAAGGUUUGUACACAAGGUGAAUAAAGUUUAGAAUAGUUUAUUUUUGUGUGUGUACCUUUGAUCACACUGAGCCAGGCAGAGUGGUGAGACAGUCCUAUAGAGUUUCCUGCCAGACAGGUGUACUCUCCUUCAUCCUCCACAGACACGUUCCUCAGAGUAAACACCUCCAUCUCUAUGUCCGUGGUGUUAAACCCUGCAGUCUGAGAGAGAGAGAGAAAGAGAGAGAUGUUUGUGAGAUAGCCCUUGUGAAUACAGUGUGUGUUAACCUUCAGAAUGUGUAUGUAGAUGUGUGUGUGUGUACCUUCAGUAUGCGUACGUAAGGCAGUCCAUCUGGUCCCACUCUGCUGCCAUUAAUAGUGAUGCGUUUGAGCCACUGGAUGUGGGGCUGAGGGUCGCUGAAAACUCGACAGACAAACUCCACGUCGCUACCAACCACCGCCGUACGAUUAGCUGGCAGGCCUGCCUGGAGGAUGGGCCUGUGAGGGGAACGUUCUAGAAUACACAGAAAACAUAAAUGCAACGUGAGUGAUACAAAAACACUCAUAUACUGCAUAUACACACCCACACCACUAUGUACAGUGGGGAAAAAAAGUAUUUAGUCAGCCACCAAUUGUGCAAGUUCUCCCUCUUAAAAAGAUGAGAGAGGCCUGUAAUUUUCAUCAUAGGUACACGUCAACUAUGAUAGACAAAUUGAGAAAAAAAAUCCAGAAAAUCACGUUGUAGGAUUUUUUAUGAAUUUAUUUGCAAAUUAUGGUGGAAAAUAAGUAUUUGGUCACCUACAAACAAGCAAGAUUUCUGGCUCUCACAGACCUGUAACUUCUUCUUUAAGAGGCUCCUCUGUCCUCCACUCGUUACCUGUAUUAAUGGCACCUGUUUGAACUUGUUAUCAGUAUAAAAGACACCUGUCCACAACCUCAAACAGUCACACUCCAAACUCCACUAUGGCCAAGACCAAAGAGCUGUCAAAGGACACCAGAAACAAAAUUGUAGACCUGCACCAGGCUGGGAAGACUGAAUCUGCAAUAGGUAAGCAGCUUGGUUUGAAGAAAUCAACUGUGGGAGCAAUUAUUAGGAAAUGAAAGACAUACAAGACCACUGAUAAUCUCCCUCGAUCUGGGGCUCCACGCAAGAUCUCACCCCGUGGGGUCAAAAUGAUCACAAGAACGGUGAGCAAAAAUCCCAGAACCACACGGGGGGACCUAGUGAAUGACCUGCAGAGAGCUGGGACCAAAGUAACAAAGCCUACCAUCAGUAACACACUACGCCGCCAGGGACUCAAAUCCUGCAGUGCCAGACGUGUCCCCCUGCUUAAGCCAGUACAUGUCCAGGCCCGUCUGAAGUUUGCUAGAGUGCAUUUGGAUGAUCCAGAAGAGGAUUGGGAGAAUGUCAUAUGGUCAGAUGAAACCAAAAUAGAACUUUUUGGUAAAAACUCAACUCGUCAUGUUUGGAGGACAAAGAAUGCUGAGUUGCAUCCAAAGAACACCAUACAUUCUGUGAAGCAUGGGGGUGGAAACAUCAUGCUUUGGGGCUGUUUUUCUCCAAAGGGACCAGGACGACUGAUCCGUGUAAAGGAAAGAAUGUAUGGGGCCAUGUAUCGUGAGAUUUUGAGUGAAAACCUCCUUCCAUCAGCAAGGGCAUUGAAGAUGAAACGUGGCUGGGUCUUUCAGCAUGACAAUGAUCCCAAACACGCCGCCCGGGCAACGAAGGAGUGGCUUCGUAAGAAUCAUUUCAAGGUCUUGGAGUGGCCUAGCCAGUCUCCAGAUCUCAACCCCAUAGAAAAUCUUUGGAGAUCUGCAUGGAGGAAUGGGCCAAAAUACCAGCAACAGUGUGUGAAAACCUUGUGAAGACUUACAGAAAACGUUUGACCUGUGUCAUUGCCAACAAAGGGUAUAUAACAAAGUAUUGAGAAACUUUUGUUAUUGACCAAAUACUUAUUUUCCACCAUAAUUUGCAAAUAAAUUCAUUAAAAAUCCUACAAUGUGAUUUUCUGGAUUUUCUUUCUAAUUUUGUCUGUCAUAGUUGACGUGUACCUAUGAUGAAAAUUACAGGCCUCUCUCAUCUUUUUAAGAGGGAGAACUUGCACAAUUGGUGGCUGACUAAAUACUUUUUCCCCCCACUGUACAUACAUCAAGAGUAAACAUAUAUUUAUAUAUGCACACAUACUGACCCACUACGUCCAGCUGGUAGGUGUGUGUGAGGCUGCCGUGCUUGUUCUCCACAAGACAGGUGUAGUUGCCUUUAUCAGACGGAACAACUGACUCCAUUAUUAUAGUCCACAUGUGGUCCCGGAGCUGCAAGAGGGAGAGAGCGAGAGACGAAGAGAGUGAGAGAAAGAGGCAAAGGAGUGAAAACGUGAGAAUAGCCAUGAAAAAUACACAUUUUGUGUGGUGUUUGUAAUUUAAAGUAGAAAUAAGUACAAUUUGGUGUUCUCCAAGGCUCAGUGCUUGGACCCCUGCUGUUACCUUUUUACAUGGUACCCCUUGGUACUGUAAUAUUUGCUUUUAAGGUAUACUACUUACCUGCUGACUUACAGGCUCAAUGCAGCCAUUUCUAUCUCAAUAUCAAAUAAAAAAUGUUGGGUAACAAUUACGUACCUUAGUGUGAUUGUUUUUUUGUUUUUUUUAAUCAAAAAGAAACAAAAAUUGCUUCUUAGCAAGAGUAAUUUCUGAAGCAAGAAUUUUGCUAGGACUGUCUGGGAUUGGUCUGAGUGGGUAGGGAAACAAUGAAAACUAGCUGUUAUUGGCAGGGAGGUUUGGAACUCUCUGUCUUAUUGAUCUAUUAACUAAUUUAUCGCAUGGUGAUGUCACCAGGCAGGCCAAAACUCCAUCCCACCAAAACAGGCUGAAAUUUCAGGCGUUCUUUUCACACAGCUCUUCCACUAAAAGGACAUUCAUAUAACUUUCACAAUUUCACAGUAUUAUUCCAACCUCAGUGUGGAAAUGUAUACACUGAGUGUACAAAACAUUACGAACACCUUCCUUAAAAUCCUUCUUUAACCUGUCUCCUCCCCUUCAUCUACACUGAUUGAAGUGGAUUUAACAAGUGACAUCAAUAAGGGAUCAUAGCUUUCACCUGGAUUCACCUAGUCAGUCUAUGUCAUGGAAAGAGCAGGUGUCCGUAAUGUUUUGUACACGUUUUUGACUGCACUGGGCCAUUAACAGAUGAUACACAACUAAACAGGCAACACAGUAUGUAGCAGAGGGCUGUACAAAAACACAUACCUUGAAGCCUCCAAUGCGCUGGUCUUUCCUGAACUCUUUCCCAUUCCUGUACCACCGCAAAGUUGGUGUGGGAUUACCAGUCGCCUGGCAACGGAAUUUAACAGUCUUACUGGCAGGAACGGCAUGGAGCCUCUUCUCCAUCUUGUCUGGAGUCGCCCACUGAGGAGCCAUCACUAGAGAGUGAGGGAGAGAUACUUAUAUUUAAAAAAAAAAAUAUUCAAUAUCAAUCUUUCUUAAGUUGGUUUGGCUAGUGACUACUUUUUCAUACCAAUUAAGCUAGAGGAAGUGAAGGGGAGAGAAAGGAGAGUGGCGGGGGAAAGAGGACAGGAGAAGGAGCUUACAUUGGAGCUUCUGAUUGUUGGAUAGUUUAUUUUCCUCUGAAGAAGACUCAUCAUCCUCUUCAUCCUCAGACGAUGCCAGCAUGUCAGCUAUGGAGAGAGAAGAAAAUGUAAACCAGAGUUAGAAACCAGUGUGUGUGUGUGUGUGUUUAAACAGGAAGGGCUGAGGCGGGGUUACUCUGUGGGGGUCUGGGAUGCUCCCGCUGAGUGAAAAGGGAAACGGCUUAAAGAUUAACCUUUCACCUUUUUACCCCUUUAAGGUGACACACACACACACACACACACACACACACACACACACACACACACACACACACACACACAGUUCCCCUGUAGCUCCCUAACCCCCAGCUCAGAGAUAAACAAACACACUAAUCAUCAGCACCUUCAUCCUGACAAAUGGUUGUGAACAAAGGGUGAGGAGGGAUGUGAGGGUGAGGAGGGGUGAGUUGGGGGAGGAGGGGUGAGUUGGGGAAGAGGAGGGAAAAGCAGCAGGUUUCAGAGCUUUAAUGGGUCCUGUUUGAAUACGUUGAAUGAGAAAAAGCCUACUUCCUUCUACCAUUAGACACAGUCGGAUCAGGUUCCAUUCCACAGCAUUCACAGAUCCGGCCACGUCAGAUCAGUGAUUACUAUAAGCAGGGACAUUUUCUACCACACAUCCCUUUUCCCCUCUCAGCAGGAAUACUGAUUACUAUGCAAUAUAUUACUAAUAUAUUACUAACUCAGGACAUUUCUGCCACAGAUUCCGUACCUCCCACCUCUCAGCAGGAAUACUGAUUACUAUGCAAUAUAUUACUAAUAUAUUACUAACUCAGGACAUUUCUGCCACAGAUUCCGUACCUCCCCACCUCUCAGCAGGACCUAGACCAGAAAAACAGUCAUCAUAUCUCCUAUAAUCUACAGAGAUUAGGUCCAUAAUCAGCAUCACCACAGACUAUCCCCGAAUCCCAGCCCCCAAACUCACUACAUUAUGUCUGUAAUCUACAGGGAGAGGUCUACAGAGACUGCAUUAUGGGAGGUCUUGAAUGCAGCAUGUCUGUCAUCUACAGGGAGAGGUCUACAAAAACUGCAUUUUGGGAGGUCCUGAAUACUGCCUGCUCAUAGCAGGGGGAAAAUUACUAAUGAGAGGUUGUCAGAAAUAGACAGAGAGAGAGAGAGAGAGAGAGAGAGAGAGAGAGAGAGAGAGAGAGAGAGAGAGAGAGGAUAAAGACAAAGAAAAGUGAAAAAAGAACUGAAAAAAAGAAAGGAAUCCACUAAAAGAAAGAAAAGCAGGGGGAGUUAGUUGAAAUCCCAAAACCUAAACAUUUAUUUGAAUGAAGCAGCGAGAAGGAGAUGGGAAAUUGGAAGCAGGCUUUGUUUAUGGAAAAGAGUUUGCUGCACAAAAGUUACAUUUUUGACUAAGAGAGAAAAACAAGAAUGUAUGUGUUCCAAAACAACAGUAUCACAUCCACACACACACACACUCUCAGCUGGAUACCAGAUGGUUGGAAGCAAAACACACACAAACGUGCGAGCACACACACACAAACAGAUACACACAGAUGCAUGAGCAUACAAACACACGCAUGCACACAACACAGGGUGUUAGGGCUGGUCAGGAUGGUUGUGGUUACAGGAUUCGCCAACACAAAUAAAAGCAGCUCCUUUCAGACGGCAUUCAUCCUUUCCUACCAAAAACAGAAUUUCUGUUCCACAUCCAACCAGUUGUGUGUGUGUGUGUGUGGACAGGAUAUGUAAACCAUAGCACCAUGAAAAAUUACUGUAAACAUCCUCAGCUUUAAACUAAAUGGACAAACCUUGAAGAUUGAGUUACUUUCAAGCUCAAUAUAGAAUCCCCCCCCCCCCCCCCCCCACCCCAAACACACAUGCAGACACCCAUAAAUUGAAGUGUAUGUUCUGUUCUCUAGCUCAGAAUAGAGACCCACUACUAACGGAACAGUUCCAGAUAGCAGAACACAGUCAGUGGGAUUGAACCACCAUGGUAGCAGCCUGAACCCAGAAACCUCAGUCUAAACCCAGAACCCUCAGCCUGAACCCAGAACAUUCAACCUGAACCCAGAACUUCCAGCCUGAACCCUCAGCCUGAACCUAGAACCCCCAGCCUGAACCUAGAACCCUCAGCCUGAACCUAGAACCCCCAGCCUGAACCUAGAACCCUCAGCCUGAACCUAUAACCCCCAGCCUGAACCUAGAACCUCCAGCCUGAACCUAGAAUCCCCAGCCUGAACCUAGAACCCCCAGCCUGAACCUAGAACCCCCAGCCUGAACCUAGAACCCUCCGCCUGAACCUAGAACCCCCAGCCUGAACCUAGAACCCCCAGCCUGAACCUAUAACCCCCCAGCCUGAACCUAGAACCCUCAGCCUGAACCUAGAACCCCCUGCCUGACAUGAAAGAGAUUAAACAACAAAGAGGAAAAGAAGGCUCACAAGUGAGCAUACACAAGCACACACACACAGACAUAAGGCUAAUGAGACACAGCCCUGCCUGUUAACUACAACCGAGAGAGCGCAAGCAAGCAAGAGAGAGAAUGUAAUAUCUUUAUGCGGCCCAUGUCUCUUACCUGUGUCACUGAUACUGUCAGUGUCAGCGAGGGCAGCAGCUGGUCUGGACUGGGUCAGGGGGGAGUGAAUCAGUAGAACCAGCAGUGACCAGAGGAGAAGCAGAAACCAGUGGGACAACAACAUACUGGCACUGGUAUAGGUUAACUGGUACAGUACUGGAAUGGCAGGGGCUACUGGUACAGGGCUGGAUGUAGAGGGUGCUUAAAUGUAUCAACCCACAACCAUCAACUCUUCAGGUGGGGAACUGUAAGAGGAAAUAAGAGAGGGAGAGAGGGACAUUAAUGGGUAUGUUAAAGACAAGGCAUUUUAUGAAAAUAAAUGGCGAGAAAAGGCUGUGACACCGCUACACCAUCUAGAGCCCGACCGAUAGAUCAGUUCACCAAUAUUAUUGGCCGAUAACCGAUAUUCAAUAAAUAGGAUGAAAAAAGGGAAUCUCAUGCUUAUCUGAACACUUGCGGACAUUCUCAUGAUGUCAUUAUUGUCACGAUGAAUGAAACAACAUUUAAAGCACAGUUAUUGGGCAAUUGCUCUUUUGGAUGGAAAUGUAUGAGAACUCAGUGUGGAAAAAUGAUAUCGGUAUCGGUACGUUUUGUCCCCCCAAAAAUCUGAAUCGGACCCAAAAAAACAUACCGGUCAGGCUCUAAACCGGUCAGCCCAUGCUGUCAGGAGGACAUGGGUAGAGGCUGUGACACAUGCUCUGGUGUCUCUUUUCACAGAUCUCAGAUGAGAACUCCGCUUCCUACACUCCUCACACUUUAGCAUCUGUCCUUGAGGGAAGGUGAGAGAGGCACACCUGUCACACACACUUUCGACACUUGUCCCGUCAGCUCAACUGUCACACAUUAUUGCCCAUCAAACGUUUCAAAACUCUGUUAUAUCACAGUUUUGCUAUGCCUCCCCCUAAAGGCAUCAGCAUGCUUUGGUUUGGCAGGCACCUAGCCGAACUCGGCUAGGCGAACCGAAUGAGUGUGCUCGCAUUCUCCCUUAAAAGACCUUCGCUUGAAAAAUGAGAAAAAAGCUGUAAUAGUAUUGUUUGUCCAUCUUGAGCAGCCGUAGCAUGUAUACGCUUCCUCAAAAUAGUCAGAAUUCAUCUAAGGUAACUCAAGAAAUCUGUCAUUAAUUUUCACUUGCUUGCAGAGGAGAUCUUAGUUGCGCAUUUUUACAUCUAACUAAGAUGUUUGAUGCAGUAUUUCUCAAGUGAUUUUUUUUGUUGCAUGAAAACGAUUCGUCUCUGGUUGAAUGACAAACACGUCAUUGAAGAAUCCCUACUGUUGACCAAUCACCGACAAAGGGGCGUAGACUUCGGCUACAGACUUAGGCUUGUCUCGAGAAAUUAUUUCGUGUGCACGAACAGCCGAAAAAAAAACUUACCGAAGACCAAAACGAACAAAAAGCAUCAUCAGAAUAUAUGCACAAACUGUUCCGAACUGUUUUGGAUGGGAAGCAUGCAGAGAUUGCGGACGCCUUAACCCGCACCCCCAGACCAAACACCAUUUACCCCCAGUCUGCCUGUCAGUGCCACAGUGUUAAAGUCUCAUUGAGAAGAUGGAUCUGGUGUUUAGGUGUUAUGAGACCACUCCAGACCACAAACACACACUGACGUAGAGAGACUAAAAACAAGGAGAGCUGUAAAUAUAUUCUAUAAUACAUCAUCUCCCUUCUCAUUAUAUACAGUUGUAGAGUCAUAAACAUGUUGAACAGCCUGAUGGUACAUUGACAUGACUGAAACUUGGACACUACUGUAGCUGGCAGCUAGGGAAGGUGUGUGUGGACAUUACUGAGGGUCCCAUUCCUUAAUGAGCUCUGUCCUUCAGAACUGGCAGCCAGUGUGUGUGUGAUGACCCAGAGAGGGAGGUGUGUAACAGUAAAGAGUAGAGCGGCAGGUUUAUGAAGAUAUCAUUAAUGCCCUUGAUUUACACCACACACACACACACAGAAUUUACCCUCAAGGACACCGCCCGUAACUCAACCCCACACUAACGUUAAAGAGUCUCUUAAAUUGAUGAGUCUGUUUGCAGAUUUAUGAGUUUUAUGGUGGAGAGUCUCCAUCGUACUGCUGGCUAGCUGACAGCAGAGCCCAGCACAGAGACAGCUAGGCAGACACAGUCAUCUUAUUACAUAGGCGAGAGAGAGAAUGAGGGAGGGAGUAAGAGAGACAUUCUGAGUAUGCAGGCUUUUGCUCCAGCUCUACAAAACUCCCCCCAAUUCUACUCAUCAGCUGCUCAUCAGGCCCCAAUUGGCUGAAUCAUAUGUUAGAGCAGGGUAUGAGCAAAAACCUGUAUACGUCUGCCAUAGCUCUUCAGAAGGAGAGUUGGACACCCCUGCCAUUGAAGCUCACUGCUAGCUAACAGCUAACACACCCAGCUCUGUAAACCUCACUGUGGUAGUUAUCACAUCACCACAUAAUCACCACAGACACAAUUAGAACAAAAAAAACGCUUUCUCCCUGCUCUAGCCUUGCUGUGUGGCUUCUUUAAAUUCUAAAGGAACUUCAGUGAGAGGAAACAGCAGAUAACAGUAACUUCGACAUACAUUUCAGCAAUUUAACAGACAGUCUUAUACAAAGGGAGUUGCUUUGAACUAGAGUAGGGUAGGAAACCAACACAAAUGAUGAUCAUUGCAAGUAAAACCUUCAAAAAUAGCUUCAAGUCCAGUGCUAGUUAUUUUCUGUGCUGUUAUUUUGCAGAUACUGCUGGUUUUAAACUAGAGGCCACUGGGUCAGCUUGUUGGUACUGUGUAUAGUUUAGAGGAGGGGGAUUGAUGACUUAGAAUGACUCAGGGGGAUUGAUAUGAUUCAAAACUGAUGGUCGGAGAGACAGUAACUACACACACACAGGGUGACAUAUAGUCGCUAGGUCGGGAAUAGAGCAUCACACCAGCUCUCUAUUGAGGAGAGGGCCUCUACCUACCAGAAACAUCUCCCUACUCCAUCUCUCUCCCUCAUGCCUUCCUCCCCAUUCACCCCCUUUCUUUCCCAAAUGUUUCCCCCCACGCUGUCAUAGUAACACACCAUUUUCCCAUAAACUGGAAAUCAGCUGAUGGUGUGUGCCUUCGUGUCAAGGGGAGCCAUGGCUGAGCAUAUGCUACCAUGAAGCAUCCAUGAAGCAAGUGAUUGUGCAACUAUACAACGCAGCUGAAGUACUGCUACAUACAGUGGCUGAAUGUCUGGAGACAAGAGGACAGGUUGAGAGUAGAACAGAAAGCACACAGGUCUGCUCUAAGACUUUGCUCCCCCUAACUCACUCACACACACACAGUCCCUGUCAGUGACCCUGGAGUCUUCUACAGGCCUGGAUAACAGCUCAGUGCCUUACCAUACACCUCUAUCUACCUCCCACUCAUCUCUUUAUCCCUCUCUGUCUCUAUCUGUUCUAUUUUCUCACUCUCCACUCAUCUGUUUCUCCUCCCAGAAUGUGGAAUCUGAUACAGAACAGCAGCCAUCACACAUUCCCUCCAUUCACAAAUGGCAGAGUGAGUCAGGAGUUCUCACACACAUUCAGUAUCUCUCACUGUUGCCCUGGUGAGUAAGAUUUAGAUUUCCAAUGUAUUAAUUACACAAAUCCACUUGAAACUGAACUCUCACAGCACUUCAUUAUAUUACUAUCAUCAUUGUGUGUUCCUGUGUGUGCAGACAUAAACAUCCUAAAUCGUUGUCUGAACAUAAUGAGCCAUUUCCGGACAGAGAUUAAGCCUAGUCCUAGACUAAAAACCAUACUCAAAGGAGAAUCUCGAUUGAAAGUGUUUUUUAGUUGAGCACUAGGUUUAAUCUCGGUCCAGGAAACCGGCCCAAUAACUCCUUCAAUGUCAUGCAUGGCCCACGGAUCAUGUGGCAAUAGUACUAAUUAUAUUCACAUUCUAUUAAAGAACCGGUGACAGUUUGUUCCGUGCUUGACACACCCGUCAAUCCGUAGCGCGGUGAUGAGUCAACAAACAGCAGAUAAGGCACGUGCUGUUGAAUGAACAGCCGGGUCUCAGAGGUGGAUUGUCACACACACAAGCGUCAUUUACCGUAAACCGAUUAAACCGAUACAUGUACACCCACGGCGGUCGGUGUGCCCAGUCUGCCCACAUUUGCAGUGACAUGUGACUCAACAGACUGACUGCUUUACCGUGUGUUCCUCAGUCAGAGAGACAUGGGUAAAGUCUUACUAGCUGGACUCUACACUAAGGUUUGUUAAUUAUGUGGUCACCUUUGUGUAUAUCUUAUAAAUUAUUAAUGAAGCCUUCAUAAGCCCUUUAUAAGGCAUUAUAAAGGGUGGCAUUGAUGACAUGGUUACAAAUAAUUUGUGAAGCAUAGUUAUAGUUUACGAAGGCUUCAUUCAUUUUUAUAACGUAUCUAAAUAAGGAGAAAAUAUUAUUUUUCUUUACUUUGUUACUGCAGCUAUUUCAAUAUGGGCUACCACUGGCAGGGGCUCCUAAAUUGCAUAAUCUUCUUAUAGCCUAUGUAGGAUAAUUCCAAUAUGAUCAUGCAUGACCAGAUCGGUCUAUACCUACUUUAUUUAAAAGUAGCAUUGUUUUCUCAGAUGUUUACAGAUCACAUUGGCCAAACAAGCUGCAACAUUGUAUACGUGACUGUGUGGAUAUCUAGGCUAUUGGUCGCAUUGAAUUUAGUCUCACCUGAGUUUCUGAUCCUUGUGCAGCUAACCUCGAGAAGGUAGGUUAGGAGUCUAAAAUAAUGUAAUUAAAUGUCCGAUUCCGUCGAUGUCUUUUAAACCUUAAAGUCACAACUCCCGUAAACAAUGCGGUGUUUUUCCAGAGUUCAAAUUCAGUGGCGCGGUGAAGCCUCGAGCAAUGGCCAUUGAUUUCGGAGUAGCAAUGGAGCGGUCUCUCUCUAGCUUCCGAGAGAAGGGGUAUAAAACACUUUCAGCACGAAUACCUCAACAUGUAGCCGAUUUGGUAAAGUUUUCGACCCGUUUCAGUAAAGUGAUCUCUAGCAGCAGCAAAUCUCGAGGCAUUUUACUUUACUCAAUGCGUUCCUGUUCUUGGAGAAAACAUGGGGGAAACUCCGAUCAUCUUCUGUAUUGUCUUGCAACUGUCGGGAAAAAACGCAUAGAUCUAUUUGCGAGACUAAUUGUCUGGCAACAUUAUAGGUCAUUGAAUGUAUUUCCGAGCAUCGAAUUCCAACUCCCUUGCCUCCCCCAACCACUUCUCACCGUGUGCUGAGAUAAUCUGAAGGAGUCCUCCCCCUUCUCCCCUUUCGUCACCCUUCCCACUCCCCUCUCCUCUCUCUUCCUACUCCCCUCUCCCUUCCCACUCCCCUCUCCUCUCCCUUCACACUCCCCUCUCCCUUCCCACUCCCCUCUCCCUCUCACUUGCAGGAACUCAAAAUGAUUUAGCCUACACUUUAGACUUGUAGGUCUGUCCCAAAUAAAACAACAAGUUGGCUACUGACUUGACUGAUCUAAACACUGCAUCAUUUGGAAAUAGACAGCCUGUUUAUUUGUGUUUUGGCAACAUUCUCAUAAGACAUUAAAUAAUAGGCUACACAGCAUUUGUGUCCACUGUCCUUUGAACUAAAAUUCUAGCAGAGGGAAAUGGCUUUCAUAUCUUGGAUGGAGAGCCCUGCUGUGUGUGCAAGUGUGUGUGUGUGUGUGUGUGUGUGUGUGUGUGUGUGUGUGUGUGACUGGCUGGGCAGUGAUGUAACUGGGCCUGGUCUGAGUGAACAUUUGAUUAAAAUCAGAGGAAGGUGAUGCAGAGAGAGAAACACACACACAAACACUUUUAUGUUCUGUCUGCGUCCAUUGUCUGAUGUUGUGUGAAAUCUGUCUACUUGUCCAGGAAACCUUGGUAUGGGAUACUGAAGGCUGGCUAGACUACUGUAGGAAUGGCUGUUUUAUAAGAAGCAGUAAUGCUAUUGGCUGUGAUGGAUGAACUGUGAAGGGUGUUACAAGCUGUACUUCCUGGUAUUGUCAAUAAUGGCCAAAGGUCAACUACUUUCCCAGCAUGCAUUAGAGAUCCAAAAGUGGAAAAUAACCCAAUAACAUUUAUUUAUCGGGUAACUCAUAUAUCUGACUGUCUAUCAGUCUGUCCGAUGGUGUGCAAACUCCACUGACGACAGGUUAGCUAAAUGCUGCAUUACAGCCUCAAAAGGAAUUUGGGCUGUAUAAAAAUGCUUCAUAAAAGGCAACAAAAAAGUCCAUAAAUAAGUGCAGUCGGUGCAGUAAAAACGUGAUUUUCCUGUGAUUUAUAUAUAUUUCCACACUAUGAGGUUGGAAUAGUACUGUGAAAUUGUGAAAAUUAUGAUAAUGCCCUUUUAGUGUAAGAGCUAUUUGAAAAAAACACCUGUUUUGGUGGGAUGGAGUUUUGGCCUGCCUGGUAAAUUAACUACAGCUGCAAUAUGUAACUUUUUGGGCAACAUAGAAAUGUGAUUUAUUGAUCUGUCAUGCUCAUUGAAAGAAAGUCUUAGAAGUGGUAUAUCUAUUCUAUGUGCACUAUUUCUAUGCUUCCCAUUCUUAAGUUUAGUUUUUGCUUUUUCAUUUAAGUUUUGUACACCAUCUUCAAACAGCUGAAAAUACAAUAUUUUUGGUUAUUGAAAAUAUAUCUCACAGUGGUUUAGAUAGUACAAUGAUUAUCUGACUAUACAUUGCUUGUUUUGUCACAUAAACUGAAAUUAGGCAAACUAUUAGAAUUUCAGCAACCAGAAAAUGGCGAAACGAUUUCUGCAUAUUGCACCUUUAAUAGACCAAUAAGAAAGACAGUUCUUAACCUCUCUGCCAAUAACAGCUAGCUUUGUGUUUUUUCCCUCCCAACUUAGAACACUCCCAGAUAGUCCUAGCAAAAUUCUUGCUUGAGAAGACCAUUUUAAUGGAAAACCAUCUCAGUAAGGUUCUUAUUUGUUACAAAGAAAUUAUUUGAUAUUGAGAUUAAAAUUAUAAUAAAAAACAGCCUGGUCCACCCUAUGGGAGUCUUAAACUGGCUUUUCUUAAAAACACCUCAUAAACCAAGAGCUUCUCUUCUCCUCUGGUGGCUGUGUGCACACAAGCAAGUGCGUACGGGUGUGUGUGUUUCUGUGUAGGGUGGGGUAGGGGAUAGGCAGGGUAAGCUGGGAGCAUGGUGCCCAGACCACAUCACAUGUGCAGAAGGUGUGUGUGUGUGUGUGUGAGGGGGGGCACAUCUGGAGAUGGUUGCUGCUGACGCCACAUUGGCGAGUAGAGCAGAGGAGAGGAGAAGGGUAGAUGAGGAGGGGGAGAGGACGAGAGGAGGGGGAGAGGAGGAGGGGGAGAUGAGGAGAGGAGGGGGAGAUGAGGAGAGGGGAGAUGAGGAGAGAUGA